CCACGUUUCCAGGUCUGUGUCUCCCACUACAACAUCUCAGAUACAAGCCAGGAAGAAGAGGAGAGGGGGGUCUUCCAAGCUGGAGAAGGCAGAAAUUCUACAAAUGACGGUAGAUCACUUGAAAACGCUUCACGCCACUGGAGGAACAGGCUUCUUAGAUGCUCGAGCUCUGGCCGUGGAUUACAGGAGCAUUGGCUUCCGUGAGUGUCUCACUGAAGUCGUCAGGUACCUGGGCAUCCUCGAGGGCCAAAAUGCCACCGACCCCAUCCGGCUGCGACUCCUCUCCCACCUGAAUAAUUACGUGGCAGAAAUGGAGCCUUCGCCUGUGGCCAUGUCCCUUCUGCCCAUCCAGGCGUGGCCUUGGUCCUUCUUCCACAGCGCCGCUGGCCCCGUGCAGGUUCCCCGGGGGGAGGCUGCUCCCGCUCCGGUUGUUUUGACUGCAUCUUCCCUGGCUUACCCAGGCCCCGCUGUGAGGCCGGCCCUGCUUCGCCGUGUCCCCAGCGACAUGCUGCCAUCCCGCCGAAGCUUCCUGGCCGGCAGGGUGGCCUCUUCCAGCCGGAGAGCCCGAGGCACGGGCUCGCCUGCAGCCAUAGCAGCCGUGCCCAGGAUGCCGUCGCCAGCGGGCAUGUCGAGAGAGGGGUCGUCCAAGAGCAGCCAGAUCACCACCUUCCUCUUCUCGCCGGCCUCUGCCAACGUCCCUGUUCCGCCGGCUUACGCAGUGCCUCCCGCCUUGGGCGCUGCUGCGCAGGGACCUGGAGGCAGGGUUGGGACAUCCAGGAUCUGCCGUUCCUGGGCAACUGAAAUUGGAGCUUUCUGA